UCAUAGUUCCUUCUGUAUAGCGUCACAAGCAGAGCGACCUAGGAAUCUUUCUACUCGUUCAACCAUGUCCUCCGCCGAAUCUCAAUCUCCGUCAUCCGGCGCCGUGCCAGAGCAGCCGCCGCCGCCUCACAACCAGCAACAACAAGAAGAAGACGAAUCUUCCAAAUCUCAGAGCAAGAAAGCCGCCAAGAAGGAAGCCGCCAAGCAGGAGAAGCUCCGCCGCCGCCAGGAAGCCGCAUUGGAAUCCGCCGCGCAGUCACUCUCCGUCGAGGACGACCCGCUCUCCUCCAACUACGGCGAUGUCCCUCUCCCGGAGCUCCAAUCGAAGGUUGCCGCCGACGUCCAGGAAUGGACCGAGGUCGGUACGCUGACCGAGGCGCUGAGGGACCGGUACGUCCUCGUGCGUGGGCGCGCGCAGGCGAUCCGCGCCGUCGGGAAGAACAUGGCCUUUCUGGUCGUCAGAGAGAAGGGGUUCACCGUCCAGUGCGUCGUUACGGCGCAGCCUGACUCCGUGAGCCGCCAGAUGGUGAAGUACGCCGCCGGGCUGAGCCGCGAGUCGAUCGUGGACAUCGAAGGGGUAGUCUCCGUGCCCACUGUUCCCAUAAAAGGCGCCAGUCAGCAGGUUGAAGUUCAAGUGCGGAAAAUAUUUUGUGUUAACAAGGCUAUGCCAACCUUACCCAUCAAUAUUGAAGAUGCUGCUCGCAGUGAAACUGAAAUUGAAAAGGCUUUGCAGGCUGGAGAACAACUCGUUCGGGUUAACCAGGAUACUCGUUUGAACUACAGAGUUCUUGACAUGCGAACACCUGCCAAUCAAGGAAUUUUUCGCAUUCAGUGCCAAGUUGGAAAUGUAUUUAGACAAUUCUUAUUAUCUGAAGACUUUGUUGAAAUCCACACUCCAAAAUUAAUUGCUGGCUCAAGUGAAGGUGGUGCUUCUGUCUUUAAAUUGGACUAUAAAGGGCAACCUGCAUGCCUGGCUCAAUCACCUCAGCUUCACAAGCAAAUGGCAAUUUGUGGUGAUUUUGGACGUGUUUUUGAGAUUGGUCCAGUUUUCAGAGCAGAGGAUUCAUAUACUCAUCGGCAUCUAUGCGAGUUUACAGGUCUUGAUGUUGAAAUGGAGAUUAAGAAGCACUAUUUUGAGGUUAUGGAUAUUGUGGACCACUUAUUUAUUACUAUGUUUGACACAUUGAACAAGAAAUGCGCGAAGGAGCUUGAAGCUGUGGGGAGACAAUAUCCAUUUGAGCCUUUGAAGUACCUGCGAAGUACUCUGCGGCUUACUUUUGAAGAAGGCAUCCAGAUGCUUAAGGAGGCUGGAGUAGAAGUUGAUCCUCUUGGCGACCUAAAUACUGAGGCAGAAAGAAAGUUGGGACAGCUUGUUUUGGAGAAGUAUGGCACUGAGUUCUACAUCCUUCAUCGUUACCCUUUGGCUGUUAGGCCCUUCUAUACGAUGCCUUGCUUUGAUAAUCCAACUUACAGUAACUCAUUUGAUGUCUUCAUUCGAGGUGAGGAAAUAAUUUCAGGAGCUCAGCGUGUACAUGUACCUGAAUUCUUAGUGGAACGUGCACAGGCAUGUGGAAUUGAUGUUAAGACAAUAUCGACAUAUAUUGAUUCUUUUAGAUAUGGUGCACCUCCACAUGGUGGGUUUGGAGUAGGGUUGGAACGCGUGGUGAUGCUUUUCUGUGGUUUGAAUAACAUCCGGAAAACUUCUCUUUUCCCUCGUGACCCACUUAGGAUCGCUCCGUAAUAGUCUGUUGCAGCUGUGGUGGACACCCUGAAUUUACAUAUUGCCUUUCUUUAUUUGCAUCUUUUUGUAACAAUUAAGUGUUUGUAAUCGGUCAGUACAUUCAGAAACAUGUUGCAUUUUUAUUGGAGAAUUUCGAUCGAAUUUUUGCAA